CAGCCAGUCUCCAAUGACACGGACUUCUACAGCUCCACCCAAACUCCCUACCUCACAGCCUGCACCCUUCUAGAGAAAGCGCGCGUGCUUGGAAACCAGUCCUCUCGUUACCACGCUGCCCAGUUCCUGCACGCUUGGCGAGAACGUGGCUCACCCUUUAGAGGUGGCGGCGAGCUCGCUAGCAGCCAGAGCAGGACGGGUGCAGAAGCUAAGCGCUUGCAGCUGCUAAGUGUGCGCAACGAUGCUGACAGGGAUUUCUGCUUUGCCUGGAACAUGUGCACACGUUACAAAGCAGAGUUAGCAGCUGUCCAUAUUGAGUCUCAAUGGGCGUCGGCUCUCCUAGGCCAAGCAUACUCCAACAAGAUAGCGCAGAUCCGGCAUGACGACUUUGUAUCUACCAACAACAGGACGCGAAAUUAA